AUGUCAAAUCGUAUUUAUAAACAAUUUGAUCCAUUUGUUUAUCUUACUAAAAAUAUUACAUAUCUUUUAUCUUUAUGUGAACAUGGUGAUCUACAUUUACGUGGUGCAUGUGCAAGUUUACUUGCUACAUUAAUUCAAACAACAAUUCAUCUUUUAUUAAACAAUGUUCACUUGUAUCAACUGAUUCACAAGACAGUUCAAGGAAUUAAAUUAUUAGAAGAUUCUAUUCAACAUACUACAAGUUCCUGUACUCUUGCUAAAUUUGCUCUAGCUCAACUUAUAGAUGAUAUUGAUUUUCGAAUAUUAACUUAUCUUGAACAACAAUUAAAACAACAGUACCCUGAUAUACGUGUUCGUCAAGCAAUUGCUUCGACUUUUGCUAAGUUGGAUGUUUAG